UCUCGUCCUCCCCCAUGUCACACAGCCUAGCACACAGUGUUGCCAGAUUAGCCGUUUUCCGGCUAGAUUUAGCCGGAUUUAGCGGAUUCUAGCCAGAAAAAAUUGUUUUUAGCCGAUAGCCGGAAAAAGCAGCCGAAGCCCUCCCAAAGUUAGCCAUUUUUUAGCCGAUUUUCUGCGAUAAAGAAAUUUUCGUGUGAAUAGAACAUUGUUUAUAUAAAUUACUAGGUUAUGGAAUAAAUUAUCGUUAGAAAUGUUUUAUAUUAUGAGUAUUGGGAAAUUGUGGCGGUGGUGAUAGUUGAUAGCAGAAGGUGGGGAGCCGAGGGAAGGGUUGGGCGAAGUCGUAACUCGUAACCAACAACAGUUCGUCUGAAAAGUAUCCGAAUUUAGAGGGGGAAUCUACAGGAAAGAUGCAAACAUUUCCUUUUGACUCUAAUCACAGAACUUCGCCAUAGGCUUCCAGACAACGUGCGCGUAUUGAGAACCAUGUCACUAUUCAGUGUUGGAAACACUCUCCGUGUGGUAAAGAACUCCAUUGCCCCUCUCUUGGAACUAUUAAAUGUUAGUGCAGAGGAUAUAACAAAAAUUGAGCUUCAGUGGUCAAAUAUAACCCUAGUAAAAUGGCUUGAAACAAAAGACACUGUAAAAUUUUGGGCUGAGGUUAACAGGUACAAAGACGCUUCAGACAAUAACCCUUAUCAUGAGCUCUCAUCUAUUGCGCUAACAGUGCUAAGUUUGCCACAUUCAAAUGCAGAAAUUGAGAGGGUUUUCAGCCAAAUUAACAUAAUAAAGACCAAAUUAAGAAAUAAAAUGCAAGCAGACACCACUAACGCAUUACUGCAUGUACGUUAUGGGCUGAAGCGAAUGUCGCAAACCUGUGUGUCUUACGAUCUCCCAAAUGAUGUCUUGGAUCUUGUUGCCUCGAGUCAAAAGUACUCACCGUCAAGUGCAGCAAAUGAGCCAUCAACGUCGUCGGCGUCUACUGAGGAACAAGACGAUGAAGUGCUCAGCAUCAUUUUCCAAGACAUGUACGAGUAACUCCAAGGUCAUUGCUGAGCAACCACUUCGCCCUGGAGAUGACCCUCCUGGUGCAGUCCGCCCCGGCAGUGCCCAGGAAGCGCUUGACGGUGCCACCAUCCAGGAUGACGGACCUCGUCGUCCAUGUGGUGGCGUGGUUCGCUACCGUGAAGGGCUCCUUUGCUGAUGCAGAGGCACUGUACGACGGAUUCAUCGCGACUCCAAGGGUUCAAG